AUGUUGUCAAAUAUAAAAUUGAGUCUCGCUUCAGCCGUGUAUGUGCUUUCAUUCGUUUCUUCAACCAAUGCUUUACAUGUGCCUCAGCAUUUGGAAAUUAGGGAUAACAACAGCAAGAAGGAGUCACCAUCCUUAACUGCGUCACCCGCAACCAAUACAUAUUCCCUGGAGAGCGAUAUAAAUACACUGUCUAACUCAAUAAAAGCGAGAUCAGUAUCAGAAGAACCAAAUCAAUUUUUGAAUUCAUUUCAAGAAAUUGUAAACAAUAUUCUCAGCCCAACUACUACAUUAGAGGCGGCUCAAAGCAGCACUGAAGUAGCGUCACCAUCAUCAUCAUCAUCACCAUCAAUACAACGGGCACAAGCAAUUGCUCAAGAUUACACAUCACCAAAUUCAAUAUCGCAAAGUUCCGUUAAUUCACCAAGAACUCUGCAAUCUAUACGAUACAAUUCACCAGUGAAUAGUGAAGUUUCGACAAGUAGUAGUUCACCAACAGUUGUUAGAAGUGAUACUAGCAGAGGGAAUAUCUUUUCUCGUCAAAGAACUGCUCUUGCAUCAACUACUUCCCAGCAGGUUCUGGUGAAUGAACUUCAAUCUGAAGAAACUUCAUUAAUUGAACCAUCAACAACAGCGGUUUCUUCCACUGGUUACUCUUCAUCAAAGUCCUCCUCCAUUGACUCAAAUUCAGCUGCAGCACCAAGUUACAUUUUAUCAUCUUUGAUGUCUGCUUUACAAACAGGUAUAAUAACAAGUUCAUCAAGAGGCGAUACCUAUACCAGUGCUCUGGUAAAUUCAGCUUCUGGAUCAUCAAGUGCAACAGCAGCUACUGCUACUGCUACAACUACUACUACUACUGCAUCUAGUUCGUCUGACUCGUCCGAAACAGUAGUUCCUUUAUACCCAAGUUCAUUUAAUUCCUUUUCCCUUCAAUUAGCUUCUGAAGUUUCAUUUUUCCCUUCAAUAGCAAGUCAGCUGUAUAUUUUUGAAUCCGAUACCGAACAAACUCAAAGUGGUUCAUCCUUUUAUACAUCUACCCCGACAUCUUACCAGUCAGACUUUGCUUCCUCAGGUGAACAAGUUCUGGAAUCAACAGCAAUAGCAAGUGGAGAAUCUUCGUGGUAUGCUUCUGACCUGGCAUCCAGUACCACCUCGUUUGAUUUCGAAGACUUUGCCACUACUAGUUUCUUUUGGGCAACUGAAAGUGGCAUGGAAUCCCAAUUUGUUUCAUCUGGUGCGUUUUCAAGUUCGGAAACAAUUAUCGAUGCUCCCACCACUUCUAUCGAAUCUACAGGCGUCAACACUACGGCUGACGCCUUUGAUUAUGAGACUACUUUGAUUUAUUCCGAUUUCUUUUCAUCGAUAUAUGCCGCUUCAAGUACUACUAUUGACUUGGACUCUGCAUUAGCCAGCACUGCAAGUCCUGUUGAACCAGAAGAAGAUACCGCAACUGCGUUUACAGGAUCAGCAACCAACUCGACAUCUUCAUUGUUAGAAGUCACCACUACUGAAUUAUCUGAUUCAACCGAUUUGGAAACAGUAUCCGCACUUUCUACAUCUCUUGCAUCUGCUGAUUCUUCAGAAACAAUUGACUCAUUUUCAGCUGUUUCUGGCGCAUCAUCAGAUGAAGCUACGUUGGAUACAUCUAUCACCACUACUACUGAGGCAUCUUCUUCUUCGGAGACCUCCGCUGACAUUUUCAUUGGUUCCGAUGCUGAUGAUGACACUGCGACUGCUACUUCAACAGAAUCUUCCGAUGAAUCGUUAGAGGUUGUUACCACUUCUCAAAGUAUAGAGUCGGAUGCGUUACAAAGCACUGAAGCCAGUGCUACAUCAUCAGAUGGUUCUGAGGGUAUUGAGUCGGAUGCAUUUGAAACAGGCACGUCCGUUGUUGCAUUUGAGAGUGGAAGUUCCACCAGUGAUGAUCAAUCUGUUGCCACAACUACUGGAGAAAGCAGUGCUGAUGAAUCGAGUCAAGUUGGAUACACCACUGCGUCAGACAACACGGUGUCAACUACUGCUUCAGAAGCUGAGUCAACAAGUUCACAAGAUGUUCCAUCUGAGGUAUCAAAAGCACCCGAAUACUUAUCUUCAUCCUCCUCACCCGCAUCUUCAUUGUCGACAUCUGAGCCAGUCGCGGCAGCAGCAGAAGCACCCGCAACUACUUCUACUUCGUCUACGAAGAAUUGGUUGCCUUCAUCUUUGGUCAUGGCUGAAACACCUUCAAGUGGUUUACUUACUGCCUCACAAACAAACAACGUGCAAGCGUCACCCACACCCGAUUCCACAUCUGGAUUACCAAGAGCUAUCACUCCCGAAGUCACAGGUAGUUUUGUUGACGGCUAUUCCGUGAUAACUGUUGGAUUUAAAGCGGCAUUGAACUAUCCGUUUGUUGUUAAUCAUACAAUUACAUCAGCUCAAAUAUUCCUGUUUUUGCCUGAUGUUUUGAAGUUUCCAUUCAAGGAUAGCAAGAAAUUUGAUAAUGUUGCAGUUAUUCGGUUGAUACCAUACCAAGCUUCAAACAUUGAUUACACAAUAACUGUUGCAGAGGUUUACUUCCCAACGGAUAGUAUCAGUGCAUUGAGUCACUAUAUUACAACUGAGGGUUCUUUAAUUUAUAGAAAUCCCGAUCCUACGAGGAACACAUUAGCGUCGUUGAUUGAUAGUAGAAUAUCCUUGACUGGUUUAGCUGAAAGCAGUGAACAAACAUCGAGUUCUUCUUCACAUAAUGGGGUAACUGUCAACCCUAAUGGAUCAAUGGAUGCCACCUACACAGACCAAGAAUCAGUCAACAAAGGAAGAGUAGCAGGUAUAACCAUUGGGGCAGCUGCCGGUUGUGGUAUAUAUAUGAGUUUGAUGGUUUUGCUAUUUAGACGAUUCAGAAAGAGUAACAAGAAUAUCACAUUACCCGUGAGUGACUCAGAACUGAAUUUCUGCUUAUCUGAUGAAGGUUCACUUGUGACUACUGAGAGCGGAUCCGGAUUUUCAGCAAUUUUUUCAAGAAUUAACCAUGGUGGAAUAAUGAGUGUUCAUGAUGACCAUACAGAUCGUGAAACGAUGGUGCAACUAGGCAGAAAUGGCGGAGAAAAUAUUUCAGAGCCUGUUCAAGCAUCUAAUUCAUUAGGUUGGUAUCAUUAA